UUCUUUGUAAUACCAAAAGUAGGUAAGGAUCCUGUUUUCUUGCAGUUCAGGGCUGCCCUACUGGAAUUUUUGAUGCAGACCAGUCCUUAAGGUUCUAGAUCUGUAUGUCCCCAACACUUAGAACUUAAGCUGCAGAAGACACUUGUGGAACUUGAAAUUGUAGGCAGUAUUUUGCAAAGCUAAAUGCUCAAUAUAUCUAUGCACAUGAUGUUUCAUGCUAUGGUUUUGUUGUUUUUUUUGUUUUUUGUUUUCUUUUUUUAGGAGACUACGUUCACUUUGACAUGAAGUGUGAAGUUUGUUAGGCACCACUUUUGUUUCUUUAUUACAGUUAUUGUGGAAGGUUCCAAAUGGUGUGGGUUUUUAUCAUGAACAGGAUGAGCUCCCAGAGCAGUUCAUCUACUCAGCGCAGGCGAAUGGCUCUAGGAAUUGUCAUUCUCCUCCUGGUUGACGUGAUCUGGGUGGCCUCUUCAGAACUCACUUCUUAUGUUUUUACAAGGUACAACAAACCCUUUUUCAGUACAUUUGCAAAAGCAUCUAUGUUUGUUCUAUACCUCUUGGGAUUUAUUGUUUGGAAGCCAUGGAGGCAGCAGUGUACUCGUGGUUUUCGUGGAAGGCAUGCAGCUUUUUUUGCAGAUGCUGAGGGUUAUUUUGCUGCUUGUGCAACAGAUACCACUGUGAACAGUUCUCUGAGUGAACCUUUAUAUGUUCCUGUAAAGUUUCAUGAUUUGCCAACUGAAAAAAAUGGCAGUAAUAGUAAUGAUGCAGAGAAAACUCCCAAAAAGCCUCGUGUGAGGUUCAGUAACAUCAUGGAGAUCCGGCAGCUCCCAUCAAGCCAUGCUUUGGAGGCAAAGCUGUCACGCAUGUCAUAUCCAGCAGUGAAGGAGCAGGAGUCCAUCUUAAAAACUGUAGGAAAACUCACUGCGAGCCAAGUAGCAAAAAUUAGCUUUUUCUUUUGCUUUGUGUGGUUCUUGGCAAAUUUCUCAUACCAAGAAGCUCUGUCAGAUACCCAAGUUGCCAUAGUUAAUAUCUUGUCAUCGACCUCUGGGCUUUUUACAUUAAUCUUAGCUGCAGUCUUUCCCAGUAACAGCGGAGAUCGGUUUACCCUGUCCAAAUUAUUAGCUGUUAUUUUAAGCAUUGGUGGUGUGGUACUGGUUAACCUUUCUGGAUCUGAAAAAUCUGCUGGAAAAGAUACAAUAGGUUCCCUUUGGUCUCUUGUAGGAGCAAUGCUGUAUGCUGUCUACAUAGUCAUGAUAAAAAGGAAAGUAGAUAGGGAGGAUAAACUUGACAUACCAAUGUUCUUUGGUUUUGUAGGACUGUUUAAUCUGUUGCUGCUGUGGCCAGGGUUUUUUCUGCUGCACUAUACUGGGUUUGAAGCAUUUGAAUUUCCCAAUAAACUGAUAUGGAUGUGCAUUGUUAUAAAUGGCCUUAUUGGAACAGUUUUGUCAGAGUUCCUCUGGCUGUGGGGCUGCUUUCUUACCUCAUCACUGAUAGGCACACUUGCUCUAAGCCUUACAAUACCUCUGUCCAUAAUAGCUGACAUGUGCAUGCAGAAGGUGCAGUUUUCCUGGUUAUUUUUUGCAGGAGCAGUACCUGUAUUUUUUUCAUUUUUCAUUGCAACUCUCUUGUGUCACUAUAACAACUGGGAUCCAGUGAUGGUGGGAAUCAGAAGAAUUUUUGCCUUUAUUUGUAGAAAGCAUCGAAUUCAGAGAGUGCCAGAAGAAAGUGAGCAGUGUGAAAGCCUCAUCCCUAUGCAUAAUGUUUCACAGGAUGGAGACAGCUGCUGUUCAUAGACAAAAGUUUAAAAAUGGAAUGAUGCCCAGCGAAGAGACAAUCUUCUGGAAAAGUCCCUAAGGAAUCAUGUUUCAGUGCCUACUCUAAUUUUGUAGUAAAAAUAAGAAGUUUCAGUUCUUUUGAAACUCUAAAUUCCUUCUUUCUUGCUUUCAUGUGAUUUUAUAAAUGAACAGAUUUACUACAUGCCUGUCACCAUAGGGAGUCAGUCUAUCUGAGCAGCCACCUUGCCUUAUAACACUUGAGCUGGUGACAUUACUUGACAAAAUCAAGAAAGCAAAUGCUGUUAAGUGAUUUCUUUUUUUUUAAGUCACAAUUUUGUUAAAUGCUGGACAAUAUUAUUUUUAAAAGAUACUUUAAAGUGAGUUAUGUAAAUAAGUUUGCAGGUCAUCAAGUCUUACAGGCUUUCAGAUGAAAAGCUAAAUAGAUAUGUUACCUGUAGUAGGUACAAAUUAAAUUUUUUUAUGUUGUAUAAACUAUUUGCAUAUUAAUAGAUGAAAAUAGAAAAAUAAUUUAUUAAGUGCAUUCUUAUAAUUACUGAGGCAGGAUCUUUGUACGGUCCUGGAACACUACAUAUAUAAUGUCUUAGGCCAUUUUGAGUAGCCUUGUAAUGGCAAUGGGUGCUGAUGUUUAAAAAUCAAAAAAAUUGCCCAACAAUCAGGAAUGUUUAAAACUUCAGUGAAUGGUAAAUUAUUUCUAAUUGCAAUACAUUUGGGUAUACAUUCUUAUACAUGCUUCAAAACAGACUGGUUCUGUAACCCAUUCUCAAUCCCUGUUGUCUCUCAGACAUGAAAAAUUUCAGGUGUAGUUGCCACAUUGUGAAAGAGAUCAAAUUAAUUGUGAAAGUUUUCAGUCAGUGGGUUGAUGCUACACUAAUUUGCAAAGCAAUAUGAAAAGGAAAGGUGUUUGCAUUGAUUUUUCUUUCCCCCCAGCUGUAUUAAUAAAUUUAUUCUAAAACUGAUAAUUAUCUUCCUUCCAGUGCAGUGUUUUAUCCUUUUUAAUACAGAGAAGCUAUAUUAAUUAUAUUCAGGAAUAUACAAAAUUAGUCAAUGCUGUUUUUCAGCUCCUGGCCUAUAAGGCACUUAGAUCAAAGUUAAUUUUGGCUUUUGAUGAAUUUUAUAUUUUUUAUAAUGAAUGUAAGAUGGAUUUUUAGCCAGGAGUAUUUUCUUCCACACAACAAGGUUAUUAAUAAUGUAGUGUAUUUCUGCUGUCCCUCCACACAAAUACAGAAGGAUGACAUAGCAGAAAUACCUAUUCAUGUUUUUGCACUCAGUAAUGAUCCUUCCAAAAGCAAUUUUGGUCUUUUGGUAAUAAAACUUUUAUUUGAGAGGGAAUGCAGGAAAGCAACAUGCUUGAGCUCUACAUUUAUAGAAGAAUUCGAGCCAGCAGCUGGAAUUUAAUAUGAGAACUGUGUGUAGAGAAGGAUGACAAAAUGAUCCUGGGCUAUUAUGUUCAAAUAUUUAACCUUCAUCAAGCUUUUCCUUCCUGUUUUUAAUACUGGAUUGCACUACAAACGUUGCUGAUCUGAGGCAUCUCUUUAAAAUGAGGUAGUAAGUCCUUCUUGGACACUAAAAUAAGUGUCUGAUAAAUAAAAUAUUAAAAAAAACCCCAAAAAACAAAACCAACUACAAUGAAAUCACAAACCCAAAAACAACAAGAAAGUCAGUUAAAUUUCAUGGUUAAAUUUCCAAACCCCACAAGUAGACGAGUAGGAUAUACAGUAGGUUGAACUAAUUUUAUUUUGGUAGAAUUUUCAGGCAUUUUUUGAUCAGUGGAGUUCCCUCUGGGAAUGCCUGUGAGGGGUAGGGGCUGUAGGACAUGGCUGGUCUGGCUGGCCAGGAGCUGGCUGCAGGGACUGCACACAGGUUUUGGAUUUGACCUUCAAAAUUAUGACAAAUUUGGAGGAUGUUUGCUUUAACUUUUUUUAAGAAGUAUUGUUAAUGCCUACUCACAAAAAAAAAAGUCUCUUUUCAGUUAAUGAAAUGUUUCAAUGAGAACCUGCAGAAUAUUUAAGACCUGGCAUGAACUCCAGAUUUGAAUCAGCUGGGACUUGUGGCAUCAGUGCAUUAAGCCUGGGAAAACUGAGUUUGCUUUCAGAUGGGCAAUGGCAGUAUUUGUAGCAAAAUUUUCUAUUAUGUUUUCUGCAGUUGGUCAUGCAAACAGGAUUGGAUCUGUAAUGUCAAAUGUGCAGUUGCUAUUUAUAUUUGCCCUUAUGUUCAUGGCUUAAAGUCCAAGAUCAUCAUAGCCUCUCAUGUAUAUGACUGUUAAUUUGCAUUACUCAUUAAUUUGAGAGGUUAAGGAAAGAAGUACUAAGAGAAUAUUCUUCUGUCUCUGACCCCAGGAAUGUUGAAGAACAUUCAGUAAACUCAAAGUCAGGGCUUUCCAAAAUUUUUUGUUAUUAACAAAAAUGUGUUAAUUUUUUUUAAUAAGAUAUGAAAUAUUUUUAUCUCCUGGCACUAGGUAUCUUAAGCUGUGUUUUUGCAUUAAAUUACAGUUCUUUAAAUAGUAGGAACAAAACAAAUUGUCCUUGCUGAAAGGAUUUUUAAACAGUGGUGCCCCUGUAGUUACAGGAAAUGUGUUACACUUUUAAUUACAGAAGCUAUGACAUAACAUUGUUCCUGCAUUUAAUAGAAUGUGAUGGGAUUUUUUCUACAAAACCUUGUGAUUUUUAGUACAGUGAUAUUUUAUAAAUAUAAUGUCUGAUUUGAAAUGUAAAUUGCAUAGCUCUCUAAUGGGUGCUUGGUAAAUGCUCAAGAGAUUUAGCUUUGAUUCUCAGGUACCUCUGAUGCAAUGGAGACAUGCUGGGUUUUUCUUCCCCGUGACACAACUGGAAUGUGAAGGAGCUCUCAUGAGUGCUUUACCUCUGUGUGGUAGUGUAUAUUGUCAUUGCUCUUACUGUUUCAAUUUGGUGAUGUCUUCAUUCUGACUUACAUGUAGGAACCACGUAUGCUUUCGAAAUAUAAUGUUGAGCAUUUCUUUGCCACUAGAUGGUUAAGGAACAGUGAUUUCCCAGGCCUGCAAAAUGGGAAAUGAAUACUAUGUGUUGCUCUGUCAAACUAUUGAACUAAUUCCUGUAAUCCUUUGAGACAACCAACAAUUUCUUCCAUGCAUGCAAUUGAGGUUUUGGGGCUGUUUGGUUUUUAUAUAUGAAAGAAAUGCUGAUAAUUUUCCAAAAGCUACAGGGCAUGCCUUUGCUUCUAGGGUGAGUCUCACCUAGUUUGAUAAGCAAUUUGCUGAAAUUCAAAACAAAGGCAAAAAAGGAUUUCAGUUUUGCAAAAAAUUGCCGCUUUGUGUUGGAUUUUAGUCACAAUGAAAAUGUGUUCACUACAAGGGACUGCUGCAGAUGUAAUGCUGGUUCAGCAAGGGAUAGAAAUGCCACAUCUGUAACAAAGUCCAGGGCACAUGAGUGCUCCUGAAGGCACUUAGGGCUUGCUUUUUGGCUUUCCCAGUCUUCACUGCAUCCUGCUCCUUGGCUUCUAGCCUCUGGGAAUGCCUGUGAGGGGUAGGGGCUGUAAGACAGGGCUGGUCUGGCUGGCCAGGAGCUGGCUGCAGGGACUGCACACAGACUCAGAAGCUGGAGGCUGAGGCACAGCCUGGGUGUCCCUGUGGGUAUUUUGUGGAAAAGGGGCAGGGCUGUUGUUCAACCCCGGGGGAGCUGCAGGUGAUUCUUGGUCUAAUCAUGGCAGACCUCCUUGGAACUACUAACAAAAACAGGAGAGCCUGCAAAUUGCUUUUCUUGGUGUGUGCUGCUGUAAUUGUCAUUCCUGUCACAAUACUCAUGCCUAGGUACUGCUAUUCACAGCUGUGAUGGUUUUAAAUAAGGUGGCAAAACGAUUUCUUUGUGAUUCUUGGUUCCAUUUCUCUCAGUGUUGAAUGUUGUCUUUCUUAUUCCCUACUAAAAGACCCUCCUAUCUUAGGGAAAUUAUGUUACUGAGCUAAACUAAGCUAUCAGAGGACAGGGAAAACCAGUUAAAUUUUGGAGAUAGACUGAGUUUAUGGACACACUUUGAAUUUCAUAUGGAAAUAGUCCUCAGAAAGGCGGAGUGUAAAUGAAGUGAAGAACUGCCAUGCUCAAAAAUCAAGAAACAAACUGAUGUGAACAGCACUGUUGGGUUGUAUGGCUAACUGUAGGAUGGUGCUUGGAAUCAGUUUUCCUUACUUGGGAUAAGUUUUGAGUUAGUUACCAUUUCUGUUCUGGCUGUCGCAUAUAGUGGCUGCAAUUUAAUAGUUAUAAAUCCAGUAGCAUUUAUGUGAUUCAUAAACUGUUAUGCAUUUUUCCCCUAUCUAAUCCACUGUUUCAUUAAUGUGUGUUUUGUUUUACAUGAUCAUUGCAGGGCAUGAUUUCUCAGGGAAAUAUGGAUGAUACCGUACGUUGUGAGAGCUGAUAACUAUUUCCUGCUUUUAACAUUAAACAUUUCCAGAUUUCACUCAAACAUUUCACGUCAUGUAACUUCCAUGUUGAAUUUCCUUAGGCUUAUCAGUCUGUACAGUUUGCUGAUAAUUCAGAUCUUCUGGGAGCACAACAAGUUCCAGAUAUCCAAGUAUCCUCUAUGAAACAUCUUUAUGCAUCAUCUUUUAACCAUUUUCCUCAGUGAAAGCAGAACGUGAAUUGCUGAUGUGUAUUGCAUUUGCACUUGAAAACCUGAUUUCAGAGUGUGUUAACCUUGAUCUAUUUUUGAUAAAAAAGAAAUGUAGCAUUUUAAUCUAAUUUCCAUUUAAUGGUAAGGAUAUUCAUGCAGAGAAAAACAUAUAUCAGGGCUUGAUGCAGUGAUUUUUAAGCCAAGGAAACAGCAGGAUGGCAGUGGUAAAUCUGAAAUGAAGAUGCAUAUCUGUUCAGAAACUCUGGUUUCCUCCUGCCCUCUUUAUACCAAAUUGUGUCUCCAUUAUUCCAGAAUAAUACAGGUGAAGCAAGAACCAGAGCUUUUACCCUUUGUUCUCUAAAAGUGAACAUUGGCUUUUGCCUGGAGUGUCUUUUUCCUGACACUUCAUUUUCUGAUGGGAGGUCAGUUAAAUAAAAAAAAAUAGAAUAAGUAUUUUUAAUUAAAAUCAGAUUUAAGAUAUUAAUUAUUUUGAAAUUCUCUGUAUUAAUAGAGAUCUAAUGAAUGGAAAUUGAAGUCCUAUAUUGCAAAUAUUGAACCAUGUUUAUAUAUUUUUAACAAAACCAGUAUAUAUAUGAAUAUUUGAAACAUGCACGAAGGUGGAAAUUGGAAGAUUGUUUUUACGUUGAAAGGUUUAUAAAUUGAAAUUCUUAAUAUCCAGUACCAAAACCCUAUAAAAGGGCUAAUGAAAAUGUAAUGUAUUCUGAUUAACAGCCUGUGUAAUACAGUCAAUGGGUGUGAUGUUUUUGUUCUGUACUAUAUUUAUUAUAUGUAAGUAAACAAUAAAGAUUA